UCGCCGUCUUCUCACUAUUCCGUCCAGCACAUAUAUUUGCAAUGAAUUUGGUCAAGUCUACUAGCACUCUGCUUGCGCUCUUUCUGGUCGGCACCGUGGUGGCGUUUACGCCGACUCGCCAUCCGUUCCAAGCCGCCGUCGGUCGUAUCGCUAUUCCCGGCGCGACUCGCAUUCGUCCGGACGGCUUGCCCUUGCGAUACCGUGCCCUCGAUGAUCAGGACGAUGAUUCCGCCAUGCUCCAAGUACAAACCCGCACACCCCCAGGAUACGAUCCUCGAAAAGCCGUGGGGGAGUCGGAAUUUCCCACGGCUCCGGGGGGCGACGAUGCACCGGGCCGCCGCCGUCUGCCCCGGACUGCCAUGAACACACGUCUCAUUCUCGCCUUGUUGUUGAAUCAGGGUUUGGUCCUGGCGGUGGCGAGUACCUUGGCUGGGGCUGCCUUGUUCGCCACCAGUGGAGGCUUGGCCGCCUUUGGGAAUCUCAACGAACUCUUACGCUGGACGGGAACAGGUCCCGACGUGUGGGAUUUGACCAUUACCGGCGAACGCUUGUUGUGGGGUAUUGGUGGUGCCUUGCCUCUCCUAGUACUCAACGCUGUGUGGGAAUCUUCGGACGAUCGGCGGCUGGCCAACAUCAACUUUUCCACUAUCGCCAUGGUCAUGACCUUGUUUGGGCGUCGGACGGCAUUGCCGGACGAGUUUCGGCCCGCGUCGUGGAAAGGCCAGACUCUACCCACCACGACGGGUGGUCAAGUAGCCCUACAGAGUUUGGUUUUAUCCCUGGUCACUGGAAUUUGCGAAGAAACCAUUUUCCGUCGAGAACUUCCGGCCGUUUUGCGAUCGUUCGGGGCGGACCCGGUGUCCGCCAUGAUUGGACAAGCCGCCCUGUUUGGUCUCGGACACGUGCAACCGACAGCCAAAGCAGCCGACAACACCGUCGUGGCCUCGUUGCAAACCGUGAAUGGUCUCGGUUUUGGCUUGAUCUACGCAUUGUCCGGUGGAGAUUUGGUCCCCUGCAUGAUCGCGCACGCGUGUUACGACUUUGUCGUCUUCUUCCAGACGUGGACUCGGGCCAACGAUCAACUCGAAUACGCGGAACGUUGGUACAAGGAGCCCUUACCGGCCGGGACGGAACAAAAGGUCCGCCGGAUUCUUCAAGCCGCUCAAAAGGAUCCCAGCGUUCUUUUGCCCCGCAUCAAACGGCUGUUUUACGUGUUUGAUUUUGAUCAGAACCAGUCGUUGUCUCUGUCGGAAGUGCGCAAGGGAGUGGCGUACCUCGCGAUGGAACGCGCGGGGACACCGCCUCCCCAACCUGAGGUGGACCAGGCCUUUUGGGAAGUCGUGGCCCAGCACGAGUCCGACGCCCGCGACGAUCGCCUCGAUUUGGUCGACUUUCUGCGUGUGUACAGCAAGCUGGCCGACGGAAAUCGGCAACGCCUCGCCAGCGCACAGUCGUAAAGCACAAUUUCAUUUUUCGGCGUGUGUACAGCCAACAUCGGCAUCGCCUCGCCAGCGCACAGUCGUAAAGCACAAUUUCAUUUUCGGCGUGUGUACAGC